AUCUUUUCAUUUGUGCAUUUAAGAAGAAUGGACGGAGCCUUUUCAUGAAAAUACUUGAUCGGCGGUUUGUAUAUUUUUUUACACCACAAAACUUAUCAGUCUUACAUUAAUCUUGGUGUGACCAAGACGGUUUAAUUUCUCGUGUGCUGAAAAUGCAGGAGGGAAGAUGACGGGGUGGAAAUUAGUCGUGAUAUUUUAUAUGGUUCAAAAUUUUCUGGCGAACUUUGUUGACUCUCAAGAUCCAUUUAUCAGGAGCUGCGGAGCCCUUCCUGGCGUGGACGGGAACGCAUAUUGUGCGGCUGCAUGUGGUGCAACUUCUACGGCGACCUGCACUGGGGAUGGUCUUUGUCAGUGUAGCUAUGCGUGCGGGGUGGCGGCACCCAACCCUCUCUUCACAGCGGGAUUAUGCCCUCCUCCCGCACAAAAUCCACCCGACGUUCCCGAAGCCCGGCAAGCCUGUGUCGACUCCUGCCCGUUAGUUUGCGCGGGCGGAAUUGGCGAAAUUUGCUCCAGUCCUGGCCCUGUGGCUCAAAAUCCUGACAUGUUUCUCGCCAUUUGCACGUGCUACUGCCCUCCACCCGCAUGUCCGACAACAACACCCGCUCCCGGGAUCGCUCUCAUCCCCAACAUCCUCCCAGCAAUUAAAAUAUUCAAGGUGAAAAAGGGUCUCACGGCGCUGUCCUUGUUCGCGUUUUUGAUCCCGCUCUUCCUCAAAUUGGUGGGGUUAACGUUGCUGAAACUGAUUGCGGCCGCUUGCUACUGGUAUUUUAAGGGGGAGGAGGACAUGAUGAGUUUAGGGUGGGACAGGUCGGGGUGAGAAUGAGACUGUGCUUAUUUUCUGCAAUUGGGUCAUCCACCAUUCAUUGGGAGCUACAUUCUACAUGCGAGGAAGUGAAAUUUGUGAGAAAAAUAUGGUGCAGUUUUUCUGUCAACUUUUACACAACAAAAGUUAUUUGGGAAGAAACCGAUCCCAUUUGAGAUGCCUUAAUUGUUCCCUUUUGUAUGGAAAAGUGCCUACUCACCAUCGAGAAGUGUGAAUGAGGUGAUUAAAAGUGAAAAGUGAGUAUUUCGGGGAGAAAAAAAGUGUACAAUGAGAAAAUGGGGAAGAAUUGAGUCAGUCAGUUAAUUCAUUGUCAGACAGAUUACUGUCAGAUUACUGUAUUGCUAAUUACUUACACAAAUGCAUGAAGUUAAUCUAAAACGAAUUUAACUUACUAUAUUUAUUACUUGUAUGUAUUGCUCAAUCUGUAUUUAAUCGUAUUUUAGAUUUAUUUAAAUAUUACGUACCAGUAGCCCUACCGUGUAUGGUGUGUAAUUUAAGAGAAA